AUGACUUCCUCUCUCGAUCAAUUGAAAGCCACUGGCACAACAGUUGUCAGUGACUCGGGUGAUUUCAACUCCAUCGCCCAAUACAAACCCCAAGAUGCCACCACCAACCCCUCCCUCAUCCUUGCCGCCUCCAAGAAGCCCGAGUACGCCAAGUUGAUGGACCCUGCCAUAGAAUAUGGAAAGGCACAUGGCAAAACCAUCGAUGAACAGGUCGAUGCCACCCUUGACCGACUCCUGGUUGAGUUCGGCAAAGAAAUCUUGAAGAUUGUCCCCGGCAAGGUCUCAACCGAAGUCGAUGCUUCAUUCUCUUUCAGCACACAGGCCUCGGUUGACAAGGCUCGCCAUUUGAUUGCUCUUUACAAAGAUCAAGGUAUCGACAAGUCAAGAGUCCUGAUCAAGAUUGCCUCGACCUGGGAAGGUAUCAAGGCAGCCGAGAUCCUUCAAAAGGAAGGAAUCAAUUGCAACUUGACCCUGAUGUUCUCCCUGGUCCAGGCCAUUGCUGCCGCCGAAGCCGAUGCUUUCCUCAUUUCUCCCUUUGUUGGCCGUAUUCUCGACUGGUACAAGGCUGCUAUGAAGAAGGAUUUCUCCGCCCAAGAAGACCCCGGUGUCAAGAGUGUUGGCGCCAUCUUCAACUACUACAAGAAGCACGGCUACAAGACUAUUGUCAUGGGUGCCUCAUUCCGAAAUGUUGGAGAAAUCACCGAGCUCGCUGGAUGCGAUUACUUGACCAUUUCUCCCAACUUGCUUGAAGACCUAUACAAGUCUACAGACCCGGUCCCACAGAAGCUCAAGGCCGAGGAUGCUCUCAAGCUUGACAUCCCCAAGCGAACAUAUAUCAAUGAUGAGGCCACUUUCCGCUUCGACUUCAAUGAGGAACAGAUGGCAGUCGAGAAGCUACGUGAGGGUAUUAGCAAAUUCGCUGCUGAUGCUGUCACUCUCAAGAGCAUCCUCAAGGAGAAGCUUGAGAAGGCUUAG